AUGGCUGAGACAAAUCUACAAAAAAAUGUAUCGAAUUCAUCACAGGAGGAUAUUAUAUAUAUCGAUGAACAAUCUAAUUCAUGUUUGAAAUGUCCUAUUUGUCAUCGACUAUUUCGAGAUCCGAUUAUUGCACAAUGUGGACACACCUUUUGUCGAAUAUGUAUUUCUACAACAAUUUUAUGUCCAUAUGAUCAACAAAUUCUUCAAACAUUUGUUAAUAAUCAUAUUGUUGCUGAACAAAUUGAUUCAUUACUUGUUUGGUGUAAAUAUGCAUUUAAAAAAUCUCAAAUAACUGGUAGUGAUAUAAAAAAUGAACGUGAUGAAAAUGGUUGUCCUGUAAAAAUUCCAUUUAUAAAAAAAAAACAACAUGAAGACGAAUGUAUUUAUCGAUUUGUUAAUUGUCCAAAUGGUUGUCUACUCAAUAAUCUUCGUCAAAAAGAUAUUUAUAAUCAUCUACAUAUAUGUUCAAAUCGACAAAUAUCUCAAUUAAAUUCAACAAUAAAUACGAAUAAUGAUCAAUUCCAAAUAUUUCAAGAAGAAUUAUUAUUAAAAAUAACACAACUUGAUUUUCUUAUGAAUACAUGUAAACAACUUACAAAUACAGUUGCUUCAAUGCGAAAUGAAAUUGAUACGUUAAAAAUUAAUCAAGAAGCUUUAUGUUCAAGAAAUGAUUUAUUAUUAAGUGAAUUAAUGAAAACUAAACAAACAUCACCUAUACCAACAACUAUAGAUGAACAAGAAUCCUUAAGAAAUCAUGAUAGUGAUGAUGAAAAUGAAUUAUCAACUGUUAUUUUACGUUGCAAUGGAACCUUUACCGGACAUAGUGAUACUGUUUGGUGUUUAUAUGCAUUAGAUGAUGUUCUUCUUAGUGGUUCUACUGAUAAAACAGUUAAAGUUUGGAAUUUACGUGAAACUCCAUAUACAAAUCUUGCAACUUUACAUGGUCAUGAAGAAGGUGUUUUAUCAUUAACUGUUAAAGAACGAACAGUAUUUAGUGGUAGUGUUGAUAAAUCAAUAAUAGUUUGGAAUUUAAAUGAUUAUAAGCAAACUACAUCAUUUGUUGCUCAUACAGAUCCUGUAUGUUCAUUAACACAAUAUGAUAAUUACCUAUACAGUUCUUCGAAUAAAUGUUUGAAAGUAUGGGAUAUACAAACAUUAGAAUUAAUAAAUGAAAUUCAAACUGAUAGUCGAAAUGGUUGGUUAAGAAUUUUAAUGCAAAAAGAUAAAUGUAUUUAUGCUGGAUGUCGACGUGUAAUUAAAAUAUUUGAUGCAAUGACACAUCAAAUAUCGUUUGAAUUUGAAUUACCAACAAAUGAUUCAAUUUAUAGUUUAGCUCAUUCAGAUACAUUACUUUUUGCUGGUGCAUUAUCUGGUACUAUUUAUAUUUGGGAUAUUCGAGCUAAUCGUUGUUUAGAAACUACUUGUCAACAUGAAGCCACUGUUCAUGGUCUUUGCAUACUUAGUGCUGAUAAUUUAAAUAAAUCAAAUUUAAUAAGUGCAUCAAGCGAUCAAACAAUUCGAGUAUGGUCUAUGGAUACAUUUGAUCAAGUACAAUAUGAUGAUAGACAUGAAGCUGAAGUAACAGCAUUACAUGCUAAUGUUCGACAUAUUAUGUCAGGUGCUGCUGAUGCCAAAAUAAAAGUAAAUUAACAUAGAACAAUAUAUUUUUAUU